AUGUUGGUCCCCUUUGUUCCCUUGCACGCAGCUCUGGCCGAUGUCUUCUGCAACAUCCCUCGCGUGCUGGUGUUGACGCUGAUCGUGAUCAUGACCAUCUGCGGGAUGCUUUUCAUUCCCGAAGACCAGUUUACAGCAACGUACGUUGGUGGAAGCAACGACGGGAUAGCCAGCACUCCCACAUUCAGCGCUUGCGUGCAUUACUGCGAGAAAACGUAUCUGGAUCCAAGUGGAUUCGGGAGGGAAUCGAUCGGGGGCGAGGGGAUCUGCGGAGUUAACGGAAGCAAAGUCAAAUUCUGCCUCUUCAGAUCAGAGGAGCCGUCGAACUGCACGAGGGUGACCACGAAUGAUAUUACCGACGAGAUGAUGGACGAGUUGGGGCACUCCGUGAAGUGCAGCUUCAAGUACAAGGUGACGAAUUGGCACCCGUACUUCGUCAUUGGAGGCCUGGCGAUCGCCAUCACGCUCGUCAUACAGGGGCUCGAGCCCGAGGUCGCCCUACUCGGCGCGGUCGCCAUAUUCGCCGCGGCGGGGGUAGUCACCGUCAAGCAGGCCACCGCAGGCUUCGCAAGCUCGAGCGUCAUCGCCCUCGCGCUGCUCCUUCCCGUGGCAAAGGCCAUGGAGGAGACGGGCCUGUUGGACCGGGCAGUCUCGGUGAUGCUCGGGCAGCCCGACAGUUUCCCCGUCGCCCUCGUGCGGAUGAUGGUGCCCGUGGCGCUUCUCUCCGCCUGUCUGAGUAACACCGCGAUCGUAGCCAUGCUGGUCCCAGUGAUCAUCAGCUGGUCGCGCCGGCUCGGCUGCCACCCCGGGAAAUUGAUGAUGCCCCUAAGCUUCGCCGCCCAGCUCGGGGGGAGCAUGACCCUCAUCGGGAGCUCACACUGCCUCGUGGCCCGGGAGUCCGUCAGGGAAGUGUACGAGGUGAAUUUCUUCUCGACGACCCCGGCGGCCACGUGGCUGCUGCUGGUGACAACGAUUCCCGAGGGCGUGUUGCUCGUCCUGGCACUGGUCGGGGGAAGAGAUUCUGGCCUCGGGCGCGUAGCAAUCCUGGUCCUGGCGCCGACCAGGCUGCUGAGGCACUCGGCCGACCCCGCCAGCGAGGGCUGCUGCGACGGGAGCGCACCAGGCGCUGAGCAGUCGGACCUCUUGUACAGCACCGUGUUCGUGGUGCAGCAGCACGGCGCGCUGGAAGGCGCAGAGGUGGAUUGCGUGCUUUGCACCCUGAAGAAGUUGCCCGGCGUGGCCAGCGUGUCUUUGGAGGAGGAGAGGCGGGGUGCCCGGCCAAGUUGCACGGCGGGGCGCUCCUGCGCUGCGAGGCGACCGCGGCGGGCGUCGUGGCCCUGCGCCAGGUCCGGGGCAUCGAGCCCCGGGCGCAGCCGCAGCUGUCGCUGCUCGGCCUCCGCCGCAAGGAGAGCGCUCGCUGUUCGAGUGCUCGGUGGCGGACCCCUCGCUCCUCCCGGCUGA